CUUUUUACUCGCGCAUGCGCGGCCGUGGUCUCUGACUACCGGUACAUGCGCAGUACUAGUCUGUGUGCUGUUCUGCGGUGCUGUGGGAAAGGAUUCAACGGGAAAUUAGAAUGCAUGGUACUACGCAGGCGCGGUGACGUGAGGGAGAGCGACGCGUAUGCGUCAUUGAGUACUUGGAGCGUUGGGCAUGCGCUGUAGGUAGGCGUGGCGGGAGCGAGACCUUCAGCAAGAGACAGAAGACAGCGGCUUUACGGUAAUAAGGCCUUUUAUAGGUCACAUUGAGACAUACAUAAUUUAUGACCUAAUCUUCGUAUAAGGAAUCUGUAGUCAUGUCCAGCUGUUCUGUACCUUCUAGACCCACAGACCCAAUGGCUGUCCCACCAUCCUACUGUGACCUGGGGAAAUCUGCCAGGGAUGUAUUCAACAAAGGAUAUGGAUUUGGAAUGAUCAAGUUAGAGCUGAAGACCAAGUCUUCCAGUGGCGUGGAAUUUACCACCACUGGUUCCUCCAACACAGACACAGGGAAGGCCUCGGGCAGCCUAGAGACCAAAUAUAAGAUCAAGGACUAUGGACUUACAUUCACCCAGAAAUGGAACACGGACAACACACUGGGGACAGAGGUGUCCAUGGAGGAUAAGUUAGCUGAGGGAUUGAAGCUGACUCUUGACACCAUAUUUGUACCAAACACAGGAAAGAAGAGUGGGAAAUUGAAGACAUCUUACAAACGGGAGUAUGUAAACCUAGGCUGCAACAUUGACGUUGACCUUUCUGGACCAACCAUCCAUGGCUGGGCUGUGCUGGGCUAUGAAGGCUGGCUUGCUGGUUAUCAGAUGGCUUUUGAUACUGCAAAGUCUAAACUAUCACAGAAUAACUUUGCAUUAGGAUACAAGGCAGGAGACUUCCAACUACACACUAAUGUGAAUGAUGGCACUGAAUUUGGUGGGUCAAUCUAUCAGAAGGUUAAUGAUAAAGUUGAGACAUCAGUAAAUCUUGCUUGGACUGCUGGCAGUAACAAUACCCGUUUUGGCAUUGCCACGAAGUACCAGCUGGAUGAAAAUACUUCCAUUGCGGCUAAAGUGAAUAAUGCCAGCCUGAUUGGAAUUGGGUACACUCAGACCCUUCGACCUGGUGUGAAGCUGACGCUCUCAGGUUUGGUUGAUGGCAAGAACUUCAGUGCUGGUGGUCACAAGGUUGGGCUGGGCUUUGAGCUGGAGGCUUAAUGCAGUUUUAAGUGGAACAGCAGCUCUGUUCCUGGAGAUGAAGGGGAAGAAAGUAACCCAACAUGUUUUGGCCUUAAAAUUCUUCUGUGAAAUUUCAAAAGUGUGAACUUUUUAUUCUUCCAAAGAAUUGUAACCCUUCCCUUUCCCCAAGCUAUAGGGUGUAAACUCCUCAUAAAAGGAGAUACUUGAAGGCAUGCAUGGAAGUUGUAAAGGUUGUGCCACAUUUCAGUUCCUCAGUGUUUUUAAAUUUGUUCCUUAAAGCAUAACAUUUCCUUACAAGGGAAAAAAUCCUGCUAGCACAUCACAUCCUGCAUGUCCUACACCUGAUGACCGCUUAUGAAAUUGGUCUCUGUGUGAUAGUGAAAGCUUUGGUUUUGCAUCAAAGUGAAAUAAAUCAAUCAAUCACAAUUGGAACAUAUCCCUUCUGUGUGUUCCAGUACUGUUUGUUCAAGGUUUCCUUAAUUUGGCAGGAACUGCUCAAAAAUGCAACUAAAAUAGGUAACCUGUUUGGUGCUGGUUUUCAGGGUCAAAACUAAAUCCCAUGCAGCAGUAAAGAUUCAGGCACAGUGAGUCAGUGAGGUGUGGUUUUUAUUGUUCACUAGUUAAGGGACUGGGCCCAAUUCUCACACUUGUAUAGUGUAGUGAAAAAUAUUUUUCCUUUAAAAUUUUAUUUAACAUUCAAAUAGAGCAAACCAAAAGUUUACAUAUUUCAGGUAGUUCGUUCCCAUACAGGAAACAAGUAUUUGGUAAGUACAGACAUUACACUUGAGGAAAAAGUGCAACCCAGCAUGGUUAGCCAAAUCAGUAAAUUCAGUGCUUUUUUUUUCCCCAUAAAAGUCAAAAGGUAUUCAGACAAGAUUACUUGUAGACACUGUCCCACUAUUCAGAAAGGUAGCACAGCAGGUGUGGAAGAUGACAAAGUAUGUUCAGCUGCUGUUUUAUAGGGUGAGAAAGAAAUUUCAUAUGCCCCUGCUGUACAUUUGUGGGAAAAACAGCAGUGAGUGAUCCUAACUUUUGUUAAAAUUAGGCUGUCAGCUUUCCUUAAAAAUAGGAAUACAUGUCACAGUGAAACCACUAGAUGGCAGUAUAAAUAGAGUUCAGGGGGUUUCAUUUUCAUGUGCAGUAAUCUUUGUCAUGCUUCAAUUCCUCAGCUGGCUUGAGCUCUGACUUUGACUUUUACAUUUGGGUUUGUUCUGGCUUAUUUCUGUUUUCCCCUUCAAGCUGCAACCAGCUCCAGUCCAGAGACUAAAAAUGAAGCACAGAAACACUAGAGUUUAGUUGCCAUCUUUCCAACCCAAAGCAAAUAUACUGGGUUUUCUUAUAGUAUUUUCCUCUAAGUACAUAAUUUUGGGCAUUUAAACUGUAUGGCAAAAAAAAAAAGUGCCCUACUUAACAGGAAAAAAUUACAGGAGAAUGGAUGUAGGGCUUUACUUUUUUCCUGGUUUAAACAAUAACAUUUCUAGAAGUCUCUGGUAAUAUUUAUUUCAGUAACCCCAUUUUUUUUUUAGGGAAUGAGAUAUCUAACACUCUGCAGAGGAGAGAGAUCUAUUCAAAACUUCUUACAGCCCUUCCACAAUCUUGCUUGGCCAGCACUCCUCCCAAAAGUAUCUUAUGGUUUAAAGUGAUAGAAGUUGUUACCAUAAAGCUCUGGUCCUGAUCCUU